AUGAAUAAGAAAAAUGAUCCAUGCAAUAUCUGUGACAAAUCAUUCAACCAAAGUGGCCUACUGGAAAUACAUCGACACACACACAGUGGUGAAAAACCGUACGCGUGCGAUGUGUGUGGAAAAGCAUUCAGCCAAUGUAGCGACUUGACAGUACAUCGACGUACACACACUGGCGAAAAACCGUAUUUGUGCGAYGUGUGUGGCAUAUCAUUCGGCUAUUGUAGCAGCUUAGCAGUACAUCGACGUACACACACUGGCGAAAAACCAUUYGGGUGCGAUGUGUGUUACAAGUCAUUUAGUAGGAGCAAUGAGUUGACAAUACAUCGCCGUACACACACUGGCGAAAAACCGUAUGUGUGCGAUGUGUGUGACAAAUCAUUCAGCCGAUGUAGCGACUUGACAGUACAUCGACAUACACACACUGGCGAAAAACCGUACGCGUGCGACGUGUGUGACAAAUCGUUCUACCAGAGUGGCAAUUUGACAGUACAUCGACGUACACACACUGGCGAAAAACCAUUCGGGUGCGAUUUGUGUGACAAGUCAUUCAGUAGGAACAAUGCGUUGACAAUACAUCGCCGUACACACACUGGCGAAAAACCGUAUUURUGCGAUGUGUGUGGCAAAUCAUUCAGCACAUGUAGCAACUUAGCAGUACAUCGACGUACACACACUGGCGAAUAA